AUGGCUACCCCUAGUGUCCUCGCUUUUGACGCUGAGGGUCGGGCCAUUGACUUUGACGUCUGGGUAGAUGACCUGCAACUUUUCCUACAGUGCGAUAGGGCAGACGGUCUCUACCUCUUUGACCUCACCACUGGUGCCUCUCCUGCCCCUGCUGCUGAUGCCGACGCCACUGUUCGCUCACAGUGGGCCACACGCGAUGCUGCUGCACGUCUUGCUGUGCGUCGCCACCUGCCUACCUCUGAGCGUGCGCACUUUAGUCAGUACAAGAGUGCUCAGACCUUGUACGACGCUGUAGUUGCACCCUACUCCUCCCCUGCCACUGCUGCACUGAGCCGCCUCAUGCUACCGUACCUCUUCCCUGACCUUGUUGCCUUUCCCACAGUCGCUGACCUCAUUACGCACCUCCGCACUAGUGACACUCGCUACCGCGCUGCGCUUCCUGCUGAGUUCUGCGCCAAGAACCCCCCCCCCAUGUACAUCACCCUCUACUACAUAGUCACCCGGCUCCCUGACUCCCUUCGCGUAGUCAGGGACCACUUCCUCUCAGUUUGCCCCACCACUCUCACAGUUGACCUCCUCGAGAAGGCCCUUCUAGCAGCAGAGAAGAGCAUAGUAGCUGUAGGAGCCUCUCGUGGUGACCCUCGCACCCCCAUCUUUGAGGGGUGUUCCCCCUCCCCCCUUUUGCCCUCUGUUGCCUCUGCUGCUGCGGUCGACCUCGUUGGUCUUGAGUUGGUCGGUGCGGCGUCUAUCCCUAGCGGGAGACGCCGCCCUGGCAAGGGCAAGGGGGGCCGGGGCGCUGGAGGAGCUAGCGAGGGCGGUGGAGGAGGCGGUGGAGGCGGUGGAGGGGGGCGGGAGUAG